AUGCAAACAAUAUCAGAACAAUUUCUAUGUUUGUUUCACCACAAUCGGACUUCUCACAUAGUGCCGACCAUCAGACCAAAUCAGCUGCCCAAAAGCAUAAUCCUUGCUACCACCACUUUGCCUUCUAGCAUUUACUCUAACCUUAAAACCCUUCUCUUCCCCAACUUUUUCAAACCUCAACAUGUCGGGCUCGAUUUUAACCGACACUCCACGCGGGCUACGAACUCGGGCUUUGUAAAUACCCGGCGGCCCAACAUUUUUAACCUUCCUGCUCACAGUAACCGAGCCAUUGAGGUUAGGAAUUGUAAUCGAGGGGUAGUUCAAGUUGACGAGGCUGAUUGGCCGUGGACACGUGUAGGGUUCUUUAGUGAACAGCUGGAUUUGAGUUUUGUUAUAUCCGAGGGCACACAAGAAGCUCAAGUAAUCGGAUGUCGACAAGUCGUACACGAGCCCCGGGUCCAUGGCUCGGUUGGGCUGAACGUGGCCUGCUCCGUAAUUGAAAGGGUAGCAUUAGAAGAUACCUUUAGAAUCUCAGGUGUAAUGGUAUUUGGUCCUACGGAGGAAAAAGCCGCCAUGAAAGGAGCAGGCUUCGUGCCUAAUUGA